AUGCCCCCAGCUAAAUUUAGACCCGAUCGCCAUCCAACGCUGACUGAGUUCCUCCGGCGCUACCACCAGCCUGCACCAAUCGGUACACCCGUCUUUGGCCCCAAACAGGAUGAUAGGGUCCAUUCAUUGGGCGUAUUUAAGAUAAUGGACCGCUGA